AUGCUAUAUUUAGAAUAUAAGGAAGGCUCUGGAGGAGGUCAGCAAUCUCUCACUCGGUGUUCCCUGCAGGUGCAGCUGAAGUCCGCGGUGGAGGAGCUGCCCGGGCAGUUGGAGACGGUUCUGGCCGAGUCGGGUUCCAACUUCAGCGUGGGCCAGAGGCAGCUGGUGUGUCUGGCCAGAGCCAUCCUGAGGAAGAACCACAUCCUGGUCAUCCACGAGGCCACGGCCAACGUGGACCCCAGGACAGAUGAGCUGAUCCCUCAUCGUCUCAACACCAUCAUAGACAGCGACAGGAUACCGAUGAGAGCAGAGUCUUCUGACCACGACUGAGGAUGACGGGGUUUCUUCAUCCACGUCUUCGUCGUCUUCUUCUUCUGCUGAAUGAAUGCAGACGGUGUACCCAGAAGGGUGGGAGGGGGUCAUGCAGGAGAAAUGCAGGGGUUUUUCAGGGAUUUUUCACUAAAUAAACACGAAAA